CUGCUCGGUGGGGCUUCUCCAUUUAGUACGACAGGAAUUAGUGAAUAAGGCCUGCUUCUAGCCUGCCGCAAACUGGCAUACAGCAGUGCUUUGUCCUUGAAGCCCGGUUGCUUGCCUGCCCCACUAAAUUUCUAGAGCUUGUGAUACCUCCAAGCGCAUUCAGUGUGAGCCAUUGACUCACCUCGACAAUUCACUGGCAAAAAGUCCACAAUCCCAAGCGAUAUUGGCCCAAUUCUGGAAGCUAUUGUUGGAGACCUUUUUUGCGACCAGCAGCCAGCCUUGUCAUUCCCCGCCUAUAUCGAUUUCAUAGAUAUCCGUCCAGUACCAUUUGUAAAGACCAUACAGCCUCGAGCAGGGAACAGUCGCAUUCUCACUUCGACAUCACCGCCGCAAUAUCUCAGUAGCAAAGUACACAGCUCAUCACCAUGGCGCCGUCGCAAAUGAGCUAUGCCCCCACGUUGGGCAAGCUCCUCAAGUCUCUAAACACUCAGCCCUUGGAGGCUUCUAUCGAGGCUCUUAUCUACCUCCUAAAACGUCGCCAAGUCAAGGGCGAUGAUGUCGCCAAUGCCACAGCCCAUAUGCUGCUCCAGGUCGUCGCCAAGUCUAAGUGGCAGAACGUCGACCAGCUGCUCGCAAAGGUCUCCAACACCGGCCACAGACUCGCCCAAGCUGCUCCCACCGAGCAAGUUAUUGGCAAUGUCGUCCGCCGAGUAAUGGGUCUUAUUCGUGAUGAGGCUUCCGAGGACAGAAAUGCCGACGAGAUGGGCGACUCAGUAUCCGACCUCUCCCAGCUGCCCACAACGCCCACCAUUUCCACAAGGCCAGGCCCCACGCCCCUCCGCGCCGCGACUCUCCCCAUGUCCAAGUCGAUGUUCAACCUUCUCUGCGUCUCAGAGACCGUACAGUCACCAGUCACCGGCGCAUCCACCCCCAUGUCCCAGGGCGCAUCUGCCAACAUGCAUGCCCUACGGUCCGAAGUUAUCGAUGGCAUCGAAGAGAUUAUGGACGAGAUCAGCCAGGCGGACGACCAGAUCGCGGGUUUCGCGGACAUCCAGAUUCACCCCGGCGAUUACGUGCUCGCCUACCUCCCCUCCCCGACAGUCGAGAGAUUCCUCCUCAAAGCCGCAGCAAAGAGGAGAUUUACCGUUUUCCUCGCCAGCGCUGAGCGUCAAAAACCCGGCGAGGUGCCCCACGCUGCCCUACGGAAGAAGCUCAACGGUCUCGGGGUCAACACCAUCAGCCUGGCUAGCAACGGCCUGAUGGCCUACAUGCCUAGGGUGAACAAGGUUGUUAUCAGCGCCAAGGCCGUAUAUGCGAACGGCGGUAUUUCCACAGAGAGUGGGUGCAGUACUGCUGCCAGGGCGGCGCAGGAGUACUCCAAGCCUGUUAUCGUUCUAAGCGGUGUUUACAAGUUCUGCCCCGUAGAUCCGUCGGACGAUGGGACCGAGUUCGAGCAGGGCGAUUCUUCGACGUAUGUCGACUAUGCCGACGGUGAGGCAGUCGAUGCCCUCGAGGUAGAGAACAUCGUGGGCGAGUACCUGCCACCCCAAUACGUCGAUGUAUACCUAACAAACCUUGGCCCCCAAACACGAGAUCACCUUGCCACCAUCAUGGCCGACCAUUACAAGCUCGAAGAUAUGGGCUUGUCUUUGCAUCUGCCUUAGAAGCCGAAGAGUAAAAAAUGAAGAAAAUAAAAAGACGCGGUUAGUAAUGUAUCAUGUUGCCGGUCCAAUGCAAUACUCGUUCAAAUACCUCUCGACUGUCUCUGGUUCAACCUGGCCG